AUGGCUUCGAGCCAGAGCUCAGAUGGCAGCUUGGAUGCCGCUCUGGCUCAGAUUCCAUCGAGCCAGCUUGUCCCCGAAGCUUCGACAUCAAAACUGCCUGCUGUAGAUGCCGAGAACAACAAGGCGUCAACAUCGUCAGACUACACCGAUGCUUCCUUCUAUGAGCCCACCGGCUUCGGCGAAUUCUCAAAGUACAUGCGCAACAAGCGUAUGAAGCUCAAAAUACAGCAAAAAGCAGUCGUCGAAGCACUGGGCGACGCCUAUCCUCAGAUAUUCACCGGUCUUGCUAUCUAUAUCAACGGCUUCUGUGAGCCUCCACUGUCUGUACUGUCCCGCGAUCUCGCGCUUCACGGUGGAACCUAUGUGCCCUAUCUCGACCGCAAGUCUCUCGUCACCCACAUCCUUGCCUCCAAUCUCACGCCGUCCAAGCGAGUCGAAUUCAAGGACUACAAAGUCGCAAAGCCAUCCUGGAUCGUCGAGAGCAUCAAAGCAGGCAAGCGACUAGAUUGGCGAGACUACAGACUUGGAGAUGCUCCUGCCGAGACAGACAUGCGUCCUUCUGGCAGUCAGAUUGCAGCGACACAGUCUUACAAGAUCCCACAACAGAACCUGCUUGCCAUGAUGAAGGCUCAGCCAGCCAUCAAAACGCCUCCAAUCGAGCCGUGCGUCAUACCCAGUGUGGCCGACAAAGCCACCUCUCGACAAGCUUACUCGGGCACACGCUCCGGCACGACAGUCAAAGACAGACAACAGACGAGGAUCAGCAGCCCAUCGAAAGCUGAUGCGCUCUCGACUGAUCCUCAGGAACGGCAGCGAGCGGCAGAAUGGCAGCAAGCCAACGCUCCCAAGUCUGGCUACUCCGGCGAUCUCUAUCAGAACGAAAAAUGGAUGGCAGAGCACUCUGCACGCGCAGCCGACUUUAUUCCAGGAUACUACGAGAAGUCUCGGUUGCACCACUUGUCCACUUGGAAAGCUGAGCUGAGGCUCAUGAUGCAAAGCCUGAAGGAGAAGCAAGAUGCCGAGGUCUCGAGUGGGACGCUCAAGCGCAAGCCAAAGCCGAAAGCCAAGCAGCUAAAGGGCACAGAAGCAGACGGCCGCAUCAUUAUGCACGUCGACUUUGACUCCUUCUUCCUAUCUGCUGGUCUCAUCAAGCGGCCUCAUCUCUUUGGCAAGGCCGUUGCCGUCUGUCACUCUGAGACCGUCGGCGAGUCUUCGACGAGCGAGAUCGCAAGCUGCUCCUACGAGGCGCGUAGACAUGGUGUCGCCAACGGCAUGGCUCUUGGUCGCGCCAAAGAGCUCUGUCCAGACAUCACAACAAUACCAUACGAAUUUGAGCUCUACAAGGAGAUUUCUACUAAAUUCUAUGCUCAUCUUCUGCGGAUAAGCGAUCAGCUUCAAGCUGUCUCUGUCGAUGAAGCACUCAUCGAUGUCACGACGACAGUCGCGGCAAUCUCGGACACGAUCACAGAUCCUGGCAGCGAUGCUGCUUUGCAGCUCUGCGAGCAAAUUCGGGAAAAUGUCAGGCAAGAGACAGGCUGCGAGGUAAGCAUCGGAUGCUCACAUAACAUAUUGCUUGCCCGACUAGCGACACGUGAGGCUAAGCCUGCAUCUGCUUAUCAUCUCUUGCCGGCCGACGUCGAGACUUUUUUGCAAGACAUUGACAUCGGAGAUCUGCCCGGCAUAGGUUGGGCGAAAAAGAGGGAAUUCACCGAGCGGCUCAAGGUGACAACGAUUGGCGAGCUGCGGGCCAUCGACAUGGAACGUCUUCGCAACACUUUUGGCCCCAAUCUUGGCAAGACGUACUACAAUUUUGCUCGCGGUAUCGAUGACAGACCGCUCGAGAUGGGCUCAGCACGCAAAAGUGUCUCUGCAGAAGUAAAUUACGGGAUCCGAUUUGAGAAUCGUGAUCAAGCAGAGGCAUGCUCCGCCUCUACGUUCGUCAAGAAUUUGGGAGCAGAGGUUGCGCGGCGACUGGCAGAACAUGGCUUGAAGGGCAGGCAGAUGACGCUCAAAGUGAUGAGAAGGGCUGGCGAUCAACCAAACGAGACCUGGAAAUUUCUGGGACAUGGCAUCUGCGAUAGCUUCACAAAGAUUGGCAAUCUGGGCAAUAUCGCAACAGACUCUGCCGAUGUCAUAUCCGCCCAAGCAUGGCGCCUCAUGGAUGCUUUCGGCUUUGACGAGAAGGACCUGCGCGGUAUCGGCAUUCAGAUCACUCAACUCGAGGACAUGAACGGUCCGCUUGAUCUCGCAGAAGGCCAGCAACGUCUGGAUUUCACGAAGCUGCCGGAUGUCAAAGCAUUGCCAAGCGCAGAGGCAAGUAACACCGCAGCAUCUUCGGACCCGAUUGAUCUCACGCUGGCAUCCUCGCAAGACGAUCUCGUCAUCUUAGAUGAUCUGCGUCCACAGCCUAGAGUGCAGCGAGAGCCGAGCAAGCAGACCAGGAUCGCAUUCGCCAAAACGGCGAGAGCGGGGUCGGUCGCGCCCAAAAAGCAAGCCAAGCUGACCAAUCAAGGCGCAAUCUUUCGAGUCAACCGAGCACUCGAGCCCAAGCGGCUGUCUGACGACGACCUUGCAUCGCUCGGUAUCGCAGACGGAGACGCAUUCAGAAGCCUACCUCGACCUUACCAGCUCGACACUUUGACGGCUCAGAUGAAUGUGGCCCCUCGUGAGGUGCUCGACGCUCUCGACGCAAAGCAUCACCCAAACAAGCGACGAAAACCUAAUGCAAUCGCUGACGAGAUCAACCUUGCGCCAGUCGUUCCUCGCAAGCCGGUCGCACCUCUGCCGGAGCUACGUCUCGGGCGUACCGCGCCUAUCAAGUGGGAGAGUCCGUCCAGCAGACCACUCUGCUCGGCUAUCGAGGGCUGGUACGCUCGAUUCGUCAAUUUCACGCCGUCGAGAGAUCACUUUCGCGAAUUCGAGACUUUCUUGCUAGCUCUGUCCAGCCGUACGACAGGUCAUCCGCAGAAUCUCGCGCUUGUGUCCGACGCUCUCGCCUGCCUACAGGUCUCGAUCGACACGACGGAUUUCUCAAAGACGGCCGAGGAGCGAGCGAUUGGUCACCAAUGGCAAAAUGCCAUCGACCGUACCCGCAACAACGUCGGCAAAGCACUCACACUACAACUUGGCCGGCCUAUUGAGCUUGAAUAA